CGGUCAGCUGCCGGCGCUUCAUACUGCGUCAUCACUAGUAGACGAAGCAUAUCGCACUGGAUCUAGUAAGUUUAUGCAAAGUACAUGCACAGAAAUUAUGGCCACAGACGAUGCAUUUAAAGUGUCUUCACUUAAGGCGAAAGUGACCCUGAUAACGGGUGCCAGCUCGGGCAUCGGUGCAGGCACGAGCGUCCUGUUCGCCAAACUCGGAGCCCUGCUGGCGCUGAACGGCCGAGACGUGGAAAACCUCAAGAAAAUAGCCAAAGAGUGCACCGACUGUGGAGCUGCCGAGCCGUUGCUUGUUCCCGGAGACCUUACAGACGAGGAGACGGUGAAGAAGACAGUGGAGCAAACUAUCGCUCACUUCGGCCGGCUGGACGUGCUGGUUAACAGUGCUGGUAUCUUGGCCAUGGGCAGCAUCGAGACAACAGACCUGGCUCAGUAUGACAAGGUCAUGAACAUCAAUGUCAGAUCUGUGUACCACCUGACUCAACUCUGUGUGCCCCACCUGAUCAAGUCCAAAGGCUCCAUCGUCAAUGUGUCCAGUGUCAAUGGACAGAGAUCAUUCCCUGGCGUGCUGGCUUAUUGCAUGUCCAAGUCCGCCAUUGAUCAGUUCACACGUUGCAUAGCACUUGAACUGGCAUGUAAGCAAGUCAGAGUGAACUCUGUCUGCCCUGGCGUGAUCAUCACUGAUGUCCACAAGAGAGCAGGACUAAACGAUGACCAGUAUGCCGAGUUUCUUGCAAAAUGCAAGCAGACCCAUGCUCUCGGUCGACCAGGGGAGGUGGAGGAAGUGGCCCACAGCAUCGCCUUCCUGGCGUCCGAUGCCGCCAGCUUCAUUACGGGAGUCAACCUACCCAUUGAUGGGGGCCGCCAUGCCAUGUGCCCAAGAUAAGAUCAUGUAUGUUAAGAUUAAAUUUCCAGUCUGUUAAUAUAGUGAUUUGUACCUCUAAGUCUGCCUGUGUUUUAUAUCAAAUAAGGCUGCAGUUAAAACUAAUCGAGGGGUGUUAAGAAGAAAAAGAAGCCAUUACUUCAAGGACACAAUUUUUUCCAUGUUUACAGUGGCAGUAGCUGUCAGGCUCUGACAGUUGUGGAAUUACUAGAAGUAAGCUAAAAUGUGCCACCACAAGCAGGCAGUUUAAAUGCAUUUUUCUCUGACUUUGCUAUGAAGUUUAAAAAAAAAACAUGAAAGCAA